UCAUCGUCAUCGUCAUCGUCAUCAUCAUCGUCACUAUCGUCGUUAGCACUCGUAAUAAACACGACUGAUCGCGACAAUCCGAGAAGGAUGGAGAAGUAACCGAAGACAGCGGGCGCUCCUUCAACGUACAUAUCAGUGUUUGCAUCGGGGAAGAAAAAGGGGGGUGUGACGAAAGUGGAGGAGUUCCAUUGAGUCUUUCGACUCAAGAGAUCGGACGUUCGCAGAAGAGGCAGCAGGGAGGGACAUUCUUUCUCAUCUCGCUCGUCGUUGCCGGAAAUCACAGCGGACUUGCUCGAAUGCGGACACUGCCACAAUGGUGAUACGAUCAUAAUUACCAAUUCGCAGCUUGCCGCGUGCAAACGCAAUUGCUCAGAUUUGUCUGCAACCGCGUGAAGAUCCUUAAGACUGCCCGUCCUUACCCUUUCAAGUACCAUGUGGAAUAAUCUAUAAAUCCCACUGAAAAGGAGGAUGCCAGUAACUAAACGCAUUCCAUACCCUUCGCGAUCGGACGGCGGUAGUAGCGAGAGUCCGUUGCUCGUGGAAGAAGGUGAGACAGUCGGUGCACCUCACAGUCCACGCAACAUACACAGUCACAGCCAUUCACAUGGUAAUCCACACCGAUCUCACAGUUAUCAUCAUGAAAAGCCCAAACAAUUAGUGAAAUACGGUGAACUAGUUAUACUUGGAUACAAUGGUUACCUUCCGCCUGGCGAUAGAGGACGAAGAAGAAGUAAAUUCGUAUUAUACAAAAGACCCGUGCCAAAUGGCGUUAAACGUAGCAAACAUUAUAUCGUUAAAACGCCUCACAGUUCACAAGCCAUCCUCAACACAAAGCAGCACUCGAUUUCGUACACACUCUCUAGAACACAGGCCGUUAUCGUUGAAUACACGGAGGAUGAAAAAACAGAUAUGUUUCAGAUUGGUCGUUCGUCCGAGUCGCCUAUCGAUUUCGUAGUGAUGGACACGUGUGCGGGCAGUAGCGAUGGAGGAGCUGCUAAUGAAGGACGCGUCGCUCAGAGCACCAUCAGCAGGUUUGCUUGUCGGAUCCUGGCGGAUCGAUCGGACCCCAGAAUCGCCAGAAUUUAUGCCGCAGGCUUCGAUAGUUCGAGGAACAUUUUUUUGGGUGAAAAGGCAACUAAAUGGCAGGAAAAUCGCGAGAUUGAUGGACUUACGACAAAUGGAGUCCUGAUAAUGCAUCCGCGAGGUCAAUUCUGCGGUGGCGAGGCUCAGUGUGGUUUCUGGCGGGAAGUCAGUGUGGGUGGCGGAGUUUUCUCGCUCAGAGAAAGCAGGAGCGCUCAGCAGAAGGGCAAUGUCGUGGAGGAUGAAAGUAACAUUCUGCAAGAUGGUACUCUCAUUGAUCUGUGCGGUGCUACUUUGCUCUGGCGAUCGGCCGAAGGCCUCGCGAAAUCUCCGACAAAACAGGAUUUAGAGGAAUUAGUUGAUGCUAUAAAUGCUGGCAGACCGCAGUGUCCUGUGGGCCUGAACACGUUGGUCAUACCACGCAAAGCAGCUUCGGAUUCGACGCAGCAGCAGCCAUACGUUUACCUUAAGUGCGGACAUGUACAAGGGCAUCACGAUUGGGGCCAGGAAAAAGAUAAGGUUACGAGAAGAUGUCCCAUGUGCCUGGUUGCAGGAGCGGUAGUCAAACUAUCUAUGGGGAUAGAGCCUGCCUUCUAUGUAGAUUGCGGACCGCCCACUUACGCAUUUAGUCCAUGUGGACAUAUGGCUACGGAGAAAACUGUCAAAUAUUGGGAAAAAGUAGCCAUUCCACAUGGCACAAAUGGCUAUAUCGCGAUCUGUCCCUUCUGUGCAGUGCCGCUCGAGGGAACGCCAGGAUAUGUAAAACUAAUUUUUCAGGAUAAUGUAGAUUGAAGAUAUAAAAUAAUGGAAACAUGUAGAAAUUAAUAACUUCUUAAGAAAUAUAAGGAUUAUAUUAAUCUUAGCCCGGAGAAAGGAAAAGAAAAAAAAAAUGUGCGAACUAUCGCACUAAAUACCUAGAUUUCUUUUAUCCGUUUUUUUUUACAUGUAUAGAGUUAAGCUAAUUUAUUAUGCAUUACUAUUCGUAAUUUGUGUAAUUUAUAAGACAUAAGAAAUUUUGCCAAAUUAAAAAAUUUAAUUAAUCAGGCAGAGAUUUUAAUAUUUUUGUCAGUUUCGAGAAUAUCUGUACAGAAAAAUUAAAGAUACUAUUACUUAUACUAAGAGGUUGUAAG